AUGGAGGUCAAUAUAACAGUUAGUACUGUGAAGAAGGGUGCUUUAGUUCAACUGCCACCUGUGCUGUUGGCAUUUUACAUGAUUCUGGUGCUCCUGGGGAUCCUAGGAAAUGCCGUAGUGGUCUGUGCGGUAGGGGAGGACAUGUUCCGUGAGACCAGAGGGGCACGCAACUCUGACAUGAUCCUGGUCAACAUGGCCUUCUCCAGCCUGAUGGUCUCUGUGAUGAGGAACACACUACUGAUCAUCUCGGACCUAGGGCUCAAGGUGACAUCCAGUAAGAACUGGUGUCAGUUUCUAAUGGGCAUAUGGAUGUGGCUGCGUUCUGUGAACGUUUGGUCAACGUUCUUCCUCAGUGCGUUCCAUUACCUCACCCUAAGGCGGCUAGCCCCACCCAUCGUGAAUCUGACUGGAACCCAAGGACCUCCCAAAACAGUUGUAAUGGGAUUUGGUCUAAUAUGGAGUACCAGCCUCCUCUACUCAGUGCCUGCCUUUUUAUUCUCCACAUAUGGUGGCGAGAACGCCACUGAGACCUUAAUGUUAGUGGGCACUACAACCCGCCCGUUACUGGGCUGUCUGUGGGACUUCCCCUCCACCUCUAGUGGCCUGGUCUUUGCCACCACCUCCAUGGUGAUCCACGAGAUCGUCCCCAUCGUCCUCAUGAGUGGCACCAACCUGAGCUCACUGUUCAUACUGUACACCCACGGGAACAAGCACCCCCUCACGCAUAACGGUCAGGGCACGCCUGCCAUGCACAGGGUUCCCGCAGAGAGGCGAGCCGCCAAGGUGAUACUGGCCUUGAUCAUUUUGUUUAUCACGUCCUGGGGAGCCAAUGUGGUCUCAGUAAACUACUUUAACUAUAAUCGUGGCACCUCGUCCACGUCCCUGCUGGUCAUCGCCCGCUUUUCCAACAGCUUUUUCUACGCCUUCUCCCCAAUGAUACUCGCUGUGGGACACCGAAAACUCCGAACUGUCAUAAGGUCUGUCAUCACCUACUGA